ACAAAGAAUUUAUCGUAUAAAUACCGGCAUUUUUGGCUAGUAUUGGCAUCAGUAACUUGUUCUCCACUGAACCAGCAACAAACAUUUCUCUCCACUAACCACCAUGAAGUUCCUUGUUUUUGCCGCAUUGGUCGCUGUCACUGUUAGUGAGACUACUUACCCUGAAGCCUACCCAGCAGUCUAUCCUGAAGCAAGUCCAGCAGCCUAUCCUGAUGCAAAUCUAGCAGCCUACCCUGCAGUUUACGAAAAAUCUACCUACGACUACGCCCCUCAGCCCUACAGUUAUUCGUAUGCUGUCAAAGAUGAGGCUUCCUACAACGACUACUCUCACUCCGAGAGUAGAGACGGUAAUGUCGUCACUGGUUCCUACAGCGUGGCACUCCCCGAUGGCCGCACUCAAGUCGUUACGUAUAAAGCCGAUAGUUACGGGUACGUUGCUGACGUCAAGUAUAUCGGUGAAGCAAAAUAUCCCGAAUACAGUCCAGUGGCUUAUACUCCAUCCUACGAGACCCCUGUUUACACCGCCGAAAACCCAGAGCCUGCUUACUAACCGAAGUUUCACUUAAUCGUUUGCUGUAUUCUUGUGUGUAAAUUAAUUCAAGCCAGAUUGACUAUGGAUCAUAUUAAUACAUGUAUGCUAUUUGAAA